UUUUCUCUCUUAAUUAUGUUGACGAAUUCUGUUAAUUUUCUUUUUAAACGUUCUUUUGCUAUUUCUGCGAGUGCACUUCAAGUAAUUCGUCCACCCGUUCAAGUUUCUGGCAUUGAAGGAAAAUAUGCUUCGGCUCUCUAUUCUUCUGGGAUGAAGGAAAAAAGUUUGGACAAAAUUGAGAAGGAUUUGAGUCAAUUGAAGGUGCUUUAUGACACAAACAAUGAUUUUAAGUUGUUCGUUGAAAAUCCAAUAUUGAAUAAACAAAAGAAAGCGGAUGCAAUCCAAGCUGUUCUGAAGAAUCAAGGAAUGUCGAAAACUGUCCAGAACUUUUUUGUUCUCCUGACUGAAAGUGGUCGACUCGUUAAACUUUCGUCUAUCAUCAAUUCCUUCGAAACUAUAAUGCGUGCGCAUCGCAAUGAAUUGCAAGUUGAAGUGACUAGUGCAGAACCAUUAAACAAAAAGCAAGAACAAUCAUUGAGAACUGCUCUUGCAAGUUUUGCUAAUGCCGGACAGGAAUUAAAUAUCUCUUUUGGAGUGAAGCCAAGUCUUAUUGGAGGGAUGGUGGUUACUAUUGAUGACAAAUAUGUUGACCUGUCAAUGGCUUCCAAAAUUAAGAAAAUGGAAGUUUUGUUGGAGAAGUCAAUUUGA